CAAAACCAGUCAAAAAAUGGAGAAUUUCCAACCGGAAGAAGAAGCUCCUGGCUUCAUUUGCUAUAACUGUCCCACAGAGAGAGUUUUUCGAGAUCUGGAAGCCAUUACGAGUCACUAUUACAAGGCUCAUCGCAAGUUCAAGAAAAGCUGCAGCGAUCCAAAUUGCGGUAACAAAUUUCCCAACUCUCCAGAAAGGGAUGCGCGCUGGAAUGAGAAACACUCUGAAAGACAGCUCCACCGGAAGCCCAAGAAACAGAGGAAGUCAUGAAUUCUCUCUUCUUUUUCUUUCUCUCUGCAUAAUUCUUUCUUUCUUUCUUGAAUUUAUUAAUUGACAAAUUGGUUUUCUUUUUCUGCAUUCAAUUAAUUCAUAAGCAGAGC